AUGAUGCAACGGGAUACCGCCUUGUGGAGUCCCAAUGUACUUACUCCCGGCGGGGGAACACAAACAGGUAGCACAAAUCCUAAUGGGCGCGGUGCUGCCACACUUACUGGAGGCGCUUCACCUGCAACUGCAACUGCAGGUACUAAUAGCUACCCUUAUUUGGCUUCUGGAUCACCUUCAGUGUUGCUUUCAGGCAGCACAAAUGGUAUGGGCGGUGCAACUACCGUACCAAUGCCAACCACCGCUUCUACGCAUGAGCGGUCGCAAGAACUAUGCAAAUAUUAUGUUAAUGGUGGGUGUCUCCGCGGGGCGCAGUGCCAAUAUCUCCAUGAGUUACCCGACGAACGCCACUUAGAUGUAAAUGGCUACGGCUACAUCCUCAAUCCCAACGUACAUAAUGCCCAGAAAACAAUACCUCUAGCAGCGAGCAACAAUACAACAGGAACAGUGCAGGUGAAUGGUGGGGCGGCAACCACAACAUCUUCGCUACUGGUAGGCCUCACACCAGGAGGUAAUAGGCAAAUAAUUAGUUCGAAGGGCAAAACACAAGCUCAUCUUAUGGUGGGUGUGCCGUACCAAAUUCCCACGACAACUGCGAAAGCCUCACCACCAAAGUACAGGCCACCGGAACCGUUUUUAGAGUAUAACUUGCCACCGACAUUAGCGCUUCCAUUGAAAACCUCACCGGAGGAUGUGGCCCGUCAACUCACAUGUGCCAUUCUACAAACUGGGUUACAUUGA